AUGGAGCGCAAGAAGGGAUCCGUGCACGAUCUGGCGGGGGCGGGCGAUGUGCUGCCUACAGUGGUGCAGCAAUAUUGGAAGGAGUUUGACCUGGAGGGGCUGCGCAGCAAGCUGGAUGAGCAGGGCCUGGCGGUAGCCAACGCGCAGGAGGCGUCCGUCAAGAGCCGGCGGGUGCUAGCAGAGCGCACCAAGGACUUCCGGCGGCACGCGGCUCAGGAGGUGUCCAAGGAGGUGGCGCCGCUGCUCAAGGCGUACCAGGAGGAAGUUGACCGCCUGACCUCCAGGUCCAAGGCGGCGGAGGGCGCCUUCCUGGACCUGUACCAGCGCCUGUACGAGGCCCCAGACCCCGCCCCUGCGCUGUCGGCGGGGCUGGAGCUGGCGUCGCGGGCCACCCACCUGGAGGCCGAGGCCACCAAGAUGGCGCAGGAGCUGGCAGAGUACAAGCAGGAAAGCACGGAGCUGAAGAACCAGGGGUUCACCAUCCGCAGGCUGGAGGAGCGGGCGCGGGAGCUGGAGGCGCAGCUGGAGGAGAAGGACCGCCAGCUGGCGGAGCAGCAGAAGAGCGCCGAGGCGGAGAUGCAGGAGCGGCUGGUCGCGGAGAUGCAGGAGCGGGAGGGGCGGCUGUCGGAUGAGCUGGCGCAGGCGCAGGCCAACCUGGAGCUGCUGCGCCGCGUGCACCAGGCCUCGCAGAACCAGCUGUUCAGCAUGCAGAGCAAGAGCGAGCAGGAGGCUGCGGGGCUUCAGAGUGAGCUGGAGCUGGCGAGCGAGGAGAUGGACCGCAGCCAGCAGCGGCUGGCCACUCUGGAGCAGGAGAAGGCGGCGCUCCUGGCCCGCCUGCAGCAGCAGCAGCAGCAGCAGCAGGCCGCUGCGCUUCCCGGCGCAGAGGGCGGGGAGGGCGGCGCAGGUAGCAGCGGCAAGGCGGCAGAGGAGAGCCUGAGGCAGGAGCUCUAUGCGCAGCGCGAGCUGGCCACGCGGCUGCAGUCUGAAGUGUCGGCGCUGCGGCAGCAGCUGGAGGCAGAGGCGGCCACCUGGACCGGCCGCUGCGAGGGCCUACGCAGCAGCCUGGCUGCCCAGGAGGCGCACGCGGCGGCUCUGGAGCAGGAGCUCGGCAGCAGGCCCACGCAGCAGCAGCUGGAGGAGCUGCGGCAGCAGGCAAGGCAGGGGCAGCACGCGCGUGGCAUGCGCAUCCUGCAAGCAGUCAGCGGGUAUGCUGCAGACGAGGAGGAUGGCGCAGACAGGGGCGGCGGCGGCGGCGCGGCAGGCCCGGCGCCUGCGCUGGGCGGGCGCGGCGCGCUGGAGGCCGCCCUCGUGUCCAAGAGCCGCCACCUGGAGCACAAGCUGACCACCCUGAGGCUGGAGCUGGCAGAGGCAAAGGGCGAGGCCGAGUCGGCGGCGGGCCGUGCCGCUGAGCUGGAGGCUGAGCUGGCGCAGCAGAAGGAGCUGGUGGCCCGGCUGGAGGAAGACUUGCUGGCUGCAGACAGCGCGGGAGGCGCUGCAGGGGCAGCUGGCGGAGCGGCGGCUGGCGCGGGAGAGGCGGGGUCGGCGGACGGCGGCGGCGGCGCGGAGGGCGGCGGCGAGCAGACGAUGGUGGCAGUGCUGUGCAGCCAGCGGGACAGGUUCAGGGCGAGGGCGCAGGAGCUGGAGUCCCACCUGGCAACCUUGGGCCAGGAGCUCAAGAAGGUGCGGGCAGAUGCGGAGGCGAUGCGUGCCGACAACCUGGCGCUGGCAGAGCGGCUCAAGUUUGGCUACCAGUCCGGCGGCGGCGGCCGGCGCAACGCGGCGGGGGCGGCCGGACCGGCGUCUGACCUGGAGGCGGGGGCUGUCGUGGGCAAGUACAUGCAGCAGUACGAGCAGUCCAUCAACCCCUUUGCCGACUUCAAGGCCAAAGAGCGGGAGGCGCGGCGCAAGCAGCUGCCCAUCCAGGCGCGUCGCAGCCGCUGCGGCCGUCUUGCUGCCGCCGCGCGGCACAGCCGCGGCGCCCGGUCCCGCCAGCCUGACAAGGCCAUGUAUGCGGUGGGCAACCUGAUCAGCGGCAACAGCCUGGCUCGCUCCGCCAUCUUCUUCUACGCCCUCGCCCUCCACGCAGUCAUCUUCCUCAUCCUGGCCAGGACCUCGCACCGCCAGGCCGAGCACCUGGAGGAUUUGGAGGAGACCUGUCUGCGCCUGCAGCACUCCCACGGCGGGGCCGCUGGCGACGGGAGCAUCGACCCAAUGCUGGGGCAGCAAGCGCGCAUGCUUCUGGGCAAUCUUGGCGGCUCCGGGGGCAGCGGAUAUGACGCCACGGCAGCGGCAGCAGACGUGGUGGGGGACGCGGUCAGGCACGUGGGGCCGGCCAUGCUGCGGCUGCUGAGACGAAGGUAG